UUUACAUAUGGCGACCUCUUAUUUUCUGUUUUGACUUUUCACCUUCCCCUGUUACAGAUCUUAUAUAAACUUUAAUGCUACAAGUUUUCUAACACUAUAGCUUCGGAUGUUAUUUAGAAUCGUGACAGAUUAGUCAUUAAGAGUAAGACUUCUAGUUAACAAUAAGAAGUAGGCCUAUUUAAAAAGAUGUUAUUUUUUUACCAGUCAUCUGUUUUAUCUUUUUGUGCCGUAGCCGUACUACUGCAGUCAGCUGUUUUCCCCAUUUCCUUUGUCAAUUCAUGGCAGCUGUUUAGAUCAAAAAGGGACACCCAGAAAAAUACUGAAGAGGCUAAUAAUGAUGCACUGAGUCAUACCCUUCUAUUAAUAUCAUUUGAUGGUUUUAGGUGGGACUACCUGCAGAAAGCGAAAGGAGGAACACCAAACUUUGACAAAUUUAUUAAAUAUGGUGUGUCCGCAAAGUUAGGUUUAACAAAUGCUUUUGUAACAAAGACAUUUCCUAACCAUUUUACUAUCGUUACUGGAUUGUGGGAAGAAAGUCAUGGAAUUGUCGCUAAUGAUAUGUAUGAUCCAUCUCUGAAUCAGACUUUUACGCCUAGUAACCAAUCAGCCAUGGAGGACCCAGCAUGGUUCAGUGUCGGGGCAGAGCCCAUCUGGGUUACCAAUCAACUUCAGAAUCCAAAGGGGCGGAGUGGUGUUUAUAUGUGGGUCGGUGGAGGGGCACCCAUCAAAUGGGUUCGUCCUUCGCGCUAUGUUCCAUACAGUAAAAAAACAAAAAUGGAAACUAAAAUCAACACGCUGAUAGACUGGUUUACAGACGAAUAUCCAAUAAAUUUAGGAUUACUUUACUCCGAUGAACCUGACAUUGCUGGGCAUGCCUAUGGGCCUGACUCGCCAGAAGUUAUAGAGAAAAUUAAAGAAUUAGACAGUUCUAUUGGUUAUCUGCUAAAGCGUCUUGAAGAAAAAAAUCUACUGAAGUCGAUGAACAUUAUAAUAACCAGCGAUCAUGGGUUCACAAACACGCCAGAGAAUAAAACAAUUGACCUUGACCUAUAUAUUGACCCUACAUCCUAUAAACUAACUGCCACUUCUCCUAUAGCUAAUAUAUGGCCUAAUGAAGGUCAGCUAGAGAAGGUUUAUCAAGGCUUAAAAAAUGGCUCAGAGUCAACAAAAAGUUUCAAGGUGUAUAAGAGGGAAGAGAUGCCGGAGCGGUUCCAUUACACCAACAAUGUACGCAUCUCCCCCCUAACAGCAGUGGCUGAGGACAUGUACUCAUUUACCUCGCUCUUGUAUCCUUAUCCUAAAGCAGAACUCGGUAACCAUGGUUACGACAACGCUCUACAAGACAUGCAUCCAUUUUUUCUUGCCAUGGGUCCAUCUUUUAAAAAGAAUUUUGCCUUGGACACCUUCAAUACUGUGGACAUUUAUCCCCUAAUGUGCCAUUUGCUGAACGUAAACCCAGCGCCCAGUAACGGGAGCAUGGAGGUUGUUUCUAAACUUCUGCUGGGGAAAGAGGAAAAGAGUUCCAUCGUCACCCUCGUCACUUAUAUCAUUGGAGUAUUCCUGAUCGCAUUGGUAGCAGUACAUGUGAAAAAAAAAUUUGGAAACCUGAAAAAUCAAGGUCAGGUUUUAAAAAAAUUAGCCGCCAAUAAUCAUUUCUUUUUCUGUAUAAUUAUCUAUAUUAUGAUAUUCUCAUUAAAUUUCCCAGGUAGGUUGGUCUUAUUUGUCCUAAUUAAACUUGUAAGUCGUGCUGACCCCAAUUCCAUGAACUGUCUGUUUGUGCCUGUAUACUAAAUGAGAAAUGUAGAUAUAAAUGUUUGAUAUAAAUUGUUUGAUGAAAAUAGUGCACAGAAAAUAUUUGGCUAUAGUUAACAUUUUCUUUUCAGGGCUUUAAAUCAUAGUAAGUAAAUUAAUUGGAUUCACAACACAUUUUUAAAAAAAUGUUAUUGUUUUAUGUUCGUUUUGUUAUUAUGAUUGUGUUACUUUUUUUUUCUUUUUUUUUUACUUUAAUGUUUAAAAUAUUUUAAAGAAGUGUGCAUUUUAAGUCCAUUCUUACAAAAAGGGUAAAUUCAUUUUUUAUGAAGUGUAAAAUAAAAAAAAUUAAAGCACUUGCAUUAAACCAAUUAAAAUUAAUAACAAUUAUGGUUAAAAUAUGAAUUCCUUAAAAAGCAUCCCACUCAAAUAUUUGUUUCAAAUGUUAAUAAAUGAAACAGUUUGAGUAUAAUAUACAAAUAAAAGUAUGAAAAUUCAAAUUGAUCCUUCUUUUUAGAUCAGUCUUGAUUUACCUUAGGACACAAUUUUUUUUUAUAAUCUACACCCAGUUUUAUAGGUGAAAUCAGAAAGUUUUUGCUAACAUAUUAUACAAAUACAUGCAUUUCCAUGUUUUGUGCAACAAACUGUCAAUAGAAAUACAUUUAUUUUCAUGUUUUCUACAAAAAAUCUUCUACCUUUUUAAAUACAUUAUUUUUUAUGUUACAGAUAAAAUUGAAAAACCAAUGUUAAUUUUUUUCAACAGAAAUUUUUAAGUGUGAUUUUGAGGCUGAUGUCAAAUGGCAUUUGUAAAAGUAUAUUUAAUCAGAGCAGUUAGCUAAUCGUGUGUUGGUUUCAAGUUAAUCAUGAUCUUGAUAAGGUUUUGUAUGUUUGGGGACAUAUUCUGUUGGGUAAGCCUGGGAGUAAAACAUGUCUGUAGCUGUGGUGUUUGUUAAUGUGGUCUGUGUUGGUGUUAAUGUGGUGUUUACUGUUACUUAAUGUGGUCUGUGGUGUUAGUUAAUGUGGUUUGUGGUGUUAGUUAAUGUGGUCUGUGGUGUUACAUGAUCUGAUCUGUGAUGUUACUUAAUGUAGUGUGUGGUGUUAGUUAAUGUGGUCUGUGAUGUUACUUAAUGUAGUGUGUGGUGUUAGUUAAUGUGGUCUGUGAUGUUACUUAAUGUAGUGUGUGGUGUUAGUUAAUGUGGUCUGUGAUGUUACUUAAUGUAGUGUGUGGUGUUAGUUAAUGUGGUCUGUGGUGUUAGUUAAUGUGGUCUGUGGUGUUACUUAAUGUAGUGUGUGGUGUUAGUUAAUGUGGUCUGUGAUGUUACUUAAUGUAGUGUGUGGUGUUAGUUAAUGUGGUCUGUGAUGUUACUUAAUGUAGUGUGUGGUGUUAGUUAAUGUGGUCUGUGGUGUUAGUUAAUGUGGUCUGUGGUGUUACUUAAUGUAGUGUGUGAUGUUACUUAAUGUAGUGUGUGGUGUUACUUAAUGUAGUGUGUGGUGUUAGUUAAUGUGGUCUGUGGUGUUAGUUAAUGUGGUCUGUGGUGUUACUUAAUAUGGUCUGUGAUGUUAGUUAAUGUGGUCUGUAAAGGCGCUAGUGAUAUCAAUAACCACCUCUCCUAUGCAAGACAUGUAAAUGUAGCUAAGUUCUGUGAUCCACCAACCCAUGUUACAUUGUACAAUCACAAACCAACUGCUGUGUUAUUAUGCAACUGUUAUGCUGUGUGUAUGAACAUGUUUCAGUAUUUACCCUACAGUUUUAAAAGCACUGUUGUAUCAAGAUGGUUAAACCUACACACCAAUGUUAUUUGCAUUACUAUAGUUAUAUAAAAAUAGAAAUAUUUAUUUUGAUAGUUAUGUUUACAUUUGAUCUCACUAGGAUAUACAAUUUUUGUGUUCUAAAGCUUUUACUUAAUGAUGUAAUGUAAAAAAAAAAAUGCCAGAAGUUUAACCUUUUAAAGAUUUAAUGAGUUGUUAAAUUAAUCUAAAAAAAAAAUUCAUAGCCAAAUUUUUUUCUGUCUGUAAUUUGUUUCAAAAUGUUCUAAUUAAUUAUAAAUUGCUGAGAUGUUAUUUUUAUUACUGCAUAAAAAGAAAAAUUGAUUUUUACAAAUGUAUAUUAGCAAUAUGGUUUAAAUGUUAAGAAAAAAACCACCCAUUCAUUAGAAUUUUUCAAAAAACUACAGCACAGUGUGACUGAUGUUAAUUUACCUGAUAUUUGCUACCCUGUGGCAUAGCUCAAAUUUUUUUAAGUCGAGCCAAAUAAAGU